AUGCAUGAUUUAAUAUCAACAUCUUCAUCCAUCUUCUGCUAUGACUGCAACAGCGCCUUCGACCCUCGAUGCGGGGAGGAGUUCGACCCCUUCAGCCUGGGGGUCGUCAACUGCUCCCUGAGGGACCCCCCGGAACACAUCCCAGACGUGGAGUCUACGCUGUGCCGCACAAUCAAGAUGGAAAUCCACGGCAAAGUGCGGGUAGUCCGCACAUGUGGGUACCUAACCGACGAGCCGAGCGAGAAGCCCUGCCGGCGCCAGACAGGGACGGGAGAUCUGUUCGUGACGUACUGCUCUUGCACCACCGACCUGUGCAAUGCGGCGCCCGCGCACGGCGUACAUGCGACUAUUGGUUUGGUGGUGUUGUGCACUUUGUUUAGAGCUUUUUAG